AUGGCUGCUGUUCUCAAUCCCGGUUUCAACAUCCUCCUCCUCUUCCUCUUCUGUUUCUCAAUCACCCCUUCGUUGCAGCACGUAAGCGAGUCAGAACCGCUUGUGCGGUUCAAGAACUCGGUGAAAAUAACCAAAGGGGACCUAAAUUCAUGGAGAAUAGGAACAGAUCCUUGCAGUGGGAAAUGGUUCGGGAUCUAUUGCCAAAAGGGUCUAACAGUCUCAGGCAUUCACGUGACACGGCUUGGUCUCUCGGGAAGCAUCACCGUAGAUGAUUUAAAGGAUCUCCCAAAUCUAAAGACAAUCAGGCUUGACAACAACUUCCUCUCGGGUCCUCUCCCGCAUUUCUUCAAACUCCGCGGCCUCAAGUCCCUCAUGCUCUCUAACAACAGCUUCUCCGGCGUGAUCCCUGACGACUUCUUCAAGGACAUGACAAAGCUCAAGCGGCUAUUUCUUGACCAUAACUUAUUAACGGGAAAUAUCCCUUCCUCCAUUAUGCAGCUCCCUCAACUCGAGGAGCUUCACCUUCAAGGUAAUAAUUUUACCGGGGAGAUACCUCCAGAGAUUGGCAGCAUGAAGAGCCUUAAAACCCUCGACCUCUCAACCAACGAUCUCCAAGGAAGUGUCCCGGAAACCCUUGAGAAUAGGAAAAAUCUUGCUGCCAAUUUAUCAGAGAACGCUGGCUUGUGCGGGAAGAUGUUAGACAUUGAAUGUGAAAUUAUUAGCCUAGGAGAUGAAGAACGAACUCCCACGCCACCACGAGCUGCAGUAUCAGAUAAAUCCAACAGUGCCAUGGUACACGCGAUCAUGGUUGCCAUCUCGCUUGUUCUCAUGUUCUUUAUUAUUGUAGGCCUUAUCAAGAAGCGAAACAAGAAGAAGAACCCCGACUUUCGAAUGCUCGACAAACAACGUCUGAGCGACAACGAUGUUGUGGAAGUCAGGGUACGCGAAUCCGUAUCCACCACCGCUAAAAGGUCUACGGAAUCGAGCAGGAAGCGUGGUGGAAACGCGGAUGGCGGUUCCACCAAGAAAGGAUCCUCUCAAAAUGGGAAAGGCGGUAACGGAGGAGGAGGAGGGGGAGGCCUUGGCGGUGGGAUGGGUGACAUUAUAAUGGUGAAUAGCGAAAAGGGUUCUUUCGGUUUACCGGAUUUAAUGAAGGCUGCAGCCGAGGUGCUUGGCAAUGGUAGCCUUGGAUCAGCUUACAAGGCAGUGAUGACCAAUGGACUAUCCGUUGUGGUAAAGAGGAUUAGGGAUAUGAAUCAACUUGCACGUGAACCUUUCGAUGUUGAGAUGAGAAGAUUCGGGAAACUCCGCCACCCUAACAUUCUUACCCCUUUAGCCUAUCACUACCGUCGCGAAGAGAAGCUUGUCGUCUCUGAAUACAUGCCUAAAAGCAGCUUGCUUUACGUUUUACACGGUGAUCGAGGGAUAUACCAUUCCGAGCUAACUUGGCCGACAAGAUUGAAGAUCAUUCAAGGAAUUGCGCACGGAAUGAAGUUCUUGCACGAGGAGUUUGCGUCUUACGAUCUUCCACACGGUAACCUCAAAUCCAGCAACGUUCUCCUCAGUGAGACCUACGAGCCUUUGAUCAGUGAUUACGCAUUCUUACCGCUUCUCCAGCCAAACAACGCCUCGCAGGCAUUGUUCGCUUUCAAGACUCCCGAGUUUGUGCAGACCCAACAGGUCUCUCAUAAAUCAGACGUCUACUGCCUCGGGAUUAUAAUUCUAGAGAUCUUGACAGGGAAGUUCCCUUCUCAAUACUUAAACAACGGUAAAGGCGGUACCGAUAUAGUUCAAUGGGUACAAUCUUCAGUCGAAGAGCAAAAAGAAGAAGAACUUAUCGAUCCGGAGAUCCUAAACAAUACUGAAUCGGUGCGACAGAUGGUGGAAUUGUUGCGGGUUGGGGCUGCUUGUAUUGCAAGUAAUCCGGACGAGAGAUUAGACAUGAGGGAAGCUGUUAGAAGGAUAGAACAAGUAAACACUUGA